AAAGGCUUCUCCUUUUUGGUACUCGGUUGGGCUGGGGCCAGCCUCUCUCUGCGCUGCUGCCUCAUCCAUUUCUCUACUGUACUGAUCCCACCGCCGGCAGCUCGCUCUCCUCUCCUCUCCUGCCGGGCUGCGGAGCCGAGCUCUCUUGCUUUUCUCCGCCUCCCCUAACUGACGAGAUCCGUCCACCAAUUCAUCGACAUGAAGGCAGUGAUGAUGCACCACCAUCACGCGGCGGCUCGCCCAGCCCCAGCGCGCUCCUUUGCUUCUUCCUCCUCCACCCUGGGUAGCAUCUCCUCCCCAUCAACCAGGACCAACCUGGCAAAGUUGCUCAUAAACCGGCGGCGCAUCAUCCCUGCUUACACGCAUGCUCUCCAUGCUGUUGCCGACGAUGACGCCCAUAAGCCAAGUCGCGCCAUCUCAUUUGCUGAUGCAACGCCAACGGAGCCUCCAGUUGACCUGCAUGCUGGAGAUGUCAGAAAUGAGCUCGUUCUUCUAGCUCUACCAGCAGUUCUCGGCCAAGCUAUUGACCCAUUGGCGCAACUGAUGGAGACUGCAUAUAUUGGUAGAUUGGGGGCUCUGGAGCUAGCAUCAGCUGGUAUUGGUGUGUCAGUUUUUAAUAUCGUGUCUAAGAUUUUCAACAUUCCGUUGUUGAGCAUUGCAACCUCAUUUGUGGCAGAAGACAUUUCCAAGAAUGCUGGCAAGCAUUCUAGUUCAGGCAAAUUGGAGUUGUCAUCUGUGUCUUCUGCAUUGAUCUUAGCUGCUGGAAUCGGUACAAUUGAAGCAUUGGCAUUGUUCCUAGGAUCAGGAUUGUUUCUUAAACUAAUGGGCGUGUCAACUGCCUCUCCAAUGCAUAAACCUGCACGACUUUUCCUUUCAUUGAGAGCUUUGGGAGCACCUGCAAAUGUGAUUAUGUUGGCAGUUCAGGGAAUCUUUCGUGGAUUCAAGGAUACUAAGACUCCUGUUUUUUAUAUAGGUUUGGGAAAUCUUUCAGCUGUAGUGCUUCUUCCUUUACUUAUUUACGUCUUUCGGCUUGGUAUAAUUGGAGCCGCAAUUUCUACAGUUGCAUCACAGUACAUUAUUACAAUUUUGCUUCUCCAGUCUCUAAGUAAAAGAGCUGUUCUACUUCCUCCAAGGCUGGACCAGUUAGAGUUUGGCGGAUAUCUAAAAUCUGGUGGCAUGCUGUUAGGUAGAACCCUCUCAAUUUUAUUAACUAUGACCAUUGGGACAUCAAUGGCUGCCCGACAAGGCCCAACAGCUAUGGCCGCUCAUCAAAUUUGCUUACAAGUAUGGCUCGCGGUAUCUUUGCUUGCAGAUGCUUUAGCUGUUUCUGCUCAGGCAAUGAUAGCAAGCUCCUAUGCAAUAUUGGACUACAGGAGGAUACAGAAGAUAGCAAUAUUUGCCUUGCAGAUAGGAGUAGUUAGUGGAUUAGCUUUAUCUGCUGGCUUGUAUACCUCAUUCAGUAAUAUAGCAAGAUUAUUUACCAGUGACCCUGAGGUCCUAAUGGUUGUCCGCUCUUGUUCAUUGUUUGUGUGCGCCAGUCAACCAAUUAAUGCCCUGGCAUUCAUAUUUGAUGGUCUGCAUUAUGGUGUCUCAGAUUUUGAUUAUGUUGCUCAAGCUACGAUUGUUGUUGGGGUAAUGUCAUCGUUAGUUUUGUUAUAUGCUCCAUCUGUUUUUGGACUUGCUGGAGUUUGGGCUGGUUUGACGACACUUAUGGGAUUGCGCAUGGCUGCAGGCAUUCUCAGGCUGUUAUGGAAAUCAGGACCUUGGUCAUUUCUGCAUGAAGAGGAACCCAAAACUGAGCUAGCUGGUUGAAGAUGGAGCGGCAGAUAAGCAAUCAAUACGGAUUACAUGGGCGACCUUGUUAUUAUAGUUAUUUGUGUUCAAUUUGGUCAGCAAAAAGCUUGUAGGUGAUGCCCUUUUACUUGCUAGGGUAAUUGCUUUGUUCCAAAGGCUCCCUUGUUUCUUGUGGUGGUUUUUCUUUAUCGCUAGCAAGUGGGCUUACAGGGAAAUUUAUGAGACCAACUUGAUAGACAUUUGUAAGAGCAUUUUGUACUGAAUCUUUACUCCGGUCAGAAACUGGCAUUGCCUCUGUGAAGCUUUGAGCUGCACCCAUGACCCAUCCAUUGGAAUUAACUGAACAAUACUUCCAUUCUAAUCAUCAUCGUGAGCUUUGAAGCACACAAAUAAUACAAACGCACCUGAACGUCAACG